UCCGUUGAGUCCAGUGCUGUGACAUCACAGGGUGUAUUUAUAAUGCUCCUACUACUGAACAUAUGCAGACACAACCGGAAAUUCGGGAAAACACGGAAUUUUAAGUUAUUUAACGAAAUAAUGGCCUGUGAUGAUGGGUAUCAAGAGCCGCCUAGCAUUGAGUUUUCUAGUGAGAUGAUGAACGAAAUUUUCCGAAUAAUCGAGCCCCAGACAGACGCAUUAAUAUCGGAGGCCAGUGAGCCAGGUUUCGAACACAUUCCUCCCAACGAGGGGCAGAUCGGUACAUUCGAAACUAACCCCCAACUACCUCUAGCUCUACACGAUGACGCGUCAUACGAACACAACACAGAAAGCAUCCACUAUCAGAACCAUUACUCGCCAUAUGAGUCACAGCCCUGUUACGUCACAGAGGACCACUGUCUGGCCGCCACUGACAUCAAUAGCCCCUGUUCCCAGUACUAUACCAGCGGCUACCACCCGCCUUGUACACCAGCCCUGCCCACUUUCCAGACCUCAUUCCAGCCUUACUAUGAACAUACUGAGAUCAAGUCAGAGGAUGACUCCGAAUUUGUUGACCAGAGUUCGUUCAUGUGCCGAAAGGGCAAACGAGGAGCCAAAAAUGUUUUGUUGUGGAAGUUUAUUUUGGAGGAGUUGCGGAAUGGGACGGAAUCGAUCCGCUGGGUGAACCUUUUAACAGGGACCUUCCGGUUUGUGGAUACAACGGAUAUCAGCCGGAAGUGGGGUCAGAAAAAAAGGAAGACGGACAUGAAUUUCGAAAAAUUAAGUCGUGGAAUAAGACACUACUACAAGUCUGGGUUCAUGAGCAGAGAGGACGGUACCAGAUUAGUGUACAGAUUCCACUGGUCCAAAGUUCCCAGGGCGUGGCGACCCAGGGAGGUCCAGUACGAGUUUGACAGACGGUGUAGGAAACAAUACUAAUACCAAAACAUUGUAACUAAUCAGACAACACUGAAGGCUGGGGGGAUGCAAUAUUGUAACUAAACAGACAACACUGAAGGCUGGGGAAGAUGCAAUAUUGUAACUAAACUGACAACAAUGAAGGCUGGGGAGGAUGCAAUAUUGUAACUAAACUGACAAUCCAACCUACAAGGCUGGGAGAGAUGCAAUAUUACAUGUAUAUAACUUAUUUCAUGUUCGUGACUUUUCUGAGUAUUACGAGUUUGAAAAUUGUGUGCUUUAUUUUGCCAUAUCAAGUGCCAUACCAGCUGUGAGGCUGUGAAUACGUUUCCCGAGUGCCCUGUAUCAAAUAUAAACUGACAAGUGCUCGUGAAGGACUUCACCCUUCAUUUCAAUUUUAUACUUAAGUGCCUUCUAUUGAUGCAUAUUAUGUGUUUGGAGGAACUUAAUGAUUUGCUAUUUAGAUCAAAUUUAUGGAUUUGUGUAUACAUACAUAUUUAUAUAUAAUUUUAUAUUAUGCUUUAUGUAGUAAAGUCCCAUGGACAAGAAAAA